AUGGCUGAGAGCGUGGGGGCAGGCGACGGCGGGGGAUGCGGAGCGGGGCCGGCCGCCACGUACGGCUGCUCCCCGGCCACCGCCGCCUCCGGCUCCCGGGGGAGGAGAGGUGCCUGCAGCCCUGCACGAGCUGCCCGGCGCUGCCGGGGAGUGGGCGCAGGCAGGACCCCAGGGCCCUCGUCUGCAGACUCGGGGAGCCCCCCGGCAGCAGGACAGGGCCGCCUGGCACAGAGGGCCCCGGGGUCUGCCGUGGGGCUGCCGUGGGGAGGGGGUGCGUGCCAGGCAGCACCAGCCUGGCCCACUCGGGUGCAGGUCACAGGCAGGACUGAGCCUGGUGGGGUGCAGGCAGGGGGGCACAGGCUGCCCCCCGGGACGCAGCUGUGGGGGCACAGACACCCCGUGGGUCUGAGUCCUGGGUUCACCUGGCUCCCCAGGGACGGGUGGCAUCGUGGAGGACGGGUGCUGUCCCUGUCUCCGUUGGGGUUGGCAGUGCCCACCCGAGCCUCAGCUGUGGGGUGCCAUGGGCCCCGGGCCGGCUCAGCCCCCCUCUCUCCGCAGGGUCCCCCCGGGCCGCCAUGCCCCCAGAAUGCGGCACGGGAGAGGAGCCGGGUGCGGGCGCUACGCCGGGCCUUCCUGUCGCUGCAGGCAGCCCUGCCCGCCGUGCCCCCCGGCACCAAGCUCUCCAAGCUGGACAUCCUCGUCCUGGCCACCAGCUACAUCGCCCACCUCAGCCACGCGCUGGGCCACGGGCCCCCCCCGCCCACUCCCUCCUGCCCGCUCCACGGACACCCACUCCUGCACCCCCUGAAGAAGUGGCCGAUGCGCUCCCGCCUCUACGUCGGCCCCUGGGGGGGACCCGGUCCUGACCCCCCUGGGGUACCCACCACCACCAGCAGCCACGAGCACACAGGCUUGGGGGACAGCAGGCUGGAAACAGGCGAUGGCCCCCCCUGACAACCGGGGCGCCCACGGCCACGGGAGCCCCCACGUCUGCUCUCUCCCCACAGUGUGGGGAGGCCGUGCCCCAGGGUGGGGAUGGGGGCAGCAGCCAGGAUGGGGGGGGCCCGUGCCAAUGGGAUCCGCACCCCCAUCCUGCACGGGGGUCCACGAGUUCCAUGGGUGCAGGGCCAG